AUGUCUCUCUCAUUGCUACUUGUGGCUCUUUCUUUCACACAACCAACAAAUGCCCUUCCUGCUGAAACAAACCUCCUCGCCAGCUGCAAGCCCAUCCCUGGAGACUCCGCCUGGCCAAGCCAAACAACAUGGAAUACGCUCAACGAGACCCUGAACGGCAGGUUGAUUGCCAGCAUUCCACAAGCAGCCAUCUGCCAUCCAGGGGGCUACUCCAUUCUCGCGCAGAACGCCACGGCGUGCGAGUCGCUGACGAAGACGUGGGACUCUCCGCUCACAGCUAUUGAUUCUCCCGUCGAUAUCAUGAACCCUUGGUAUCAGAAUGGUUCUUGCAGUCCGUUCUAUAACCUCAACAAUACCUGCAAGCUGGGUAACUAUGCUAGCUACAUGGUAAAUGUUUCACGUGCCGACGAUGUCAUGACGGCGAUCAAGUUUGCGCGCAGUGAGAAUGUCCGACUGGUCAUCAAGAACACCGGUCAUGAUUUCCUCGGCAAAUCCACGGGCAAGGGCGCCCUUUCCUUAUGGACUCGCAACCUCCGCAACCUUAGCAUCAUCCCAGCUUACACCAGCCAGUCCUACACAGGGCCAGCAGUCAAGAUCGGGGUUGGUCUUAGCGGCGCAGAGGUCCUCAUGGCCGUGUCCAAGCAAAACUACCGCAUUGUCUCGGGUGACUGCCCAACCGUCGGUAUCGCCGGUGGUUACAGCGCCGGUGGCGGCCAUGGAGCCCUGAAUAACGUCUACGGGCUUGCUGCCGAUAACGUACUCGAGUGGGAGGUUGUCACGGCCGACGGUCGGCACUUGGUUGCCACACCCCAGGAGAAUGCUGAUCUGUACUGGGCAAUGACGGGCGGCGGCGCUGGCACUUUCGCUGUGGCUUUGAGCAUGACGACGAGGCUGCACCAAGAUGCGCCCCUUGCCGCCGCCACGUUGAGCUUCAAUGCCAGCGCCUCCAAGAGCAACGAAAGCUACGAAGCUGCACUCGAGGCAUGGUGGAAGUUCCUGCCAACCUUGGUGGACACGGGCGCGGCGCCGGCCUUCAACCUUUACGACGGCGGGUUUCUGGUCUUCAACACGACGGCAUCCAAUCAAACCGCCCAAGGCCUGGCUGCCGUUUACAAGCCAUAUCUUUCUACACUGGAAAGCCUGAGUGUGCCGUACACUUUCAACACCUACACGGCUCCUUCGUACUUUGCGCACUACGACAAAAUGUACGGGCCGCUGCCGGUCGGACCGUACCUGGGCUCGCCCCUGUUCAACAGCCGCCUGGUCCCACGCGGUGCCGGGUCGGACCCGAAGCCCAUCGUGCAGUCGAUGCUGACCUCGAUGCGCCUGGACAAGGGCGCGGACUGGCAAUUCGGAUGCAUGGGCAUCUCCGUGUCCUCGCCGUCGCUGCGGCACGCCGACAACGCCGUGGCGCCCUUUUGGCGCGACGCCGUCGCCAUAUGCCUCGAGUUCUCCAACUACAACUGGACCAUCCCCGAGGCCGAGAUGCUGGCGCGCCGGACGCAGCUGGCCGACGUCGUGCACAAGAGCUUUGUCGAUGCCACUCCCGGGUCCGGCGCGUAUCUGAACGAAGCUGACCCUCUGGUCUACCCCGCCGCUGAUGUGAAAAAGUGGCAGGAUGCGUUCUACGGCGGUAACUAUGGUCGCCUGCGGGAGAUCAAGAAUACGUGGGAUCCAGAGGGUAUCUUUUAUGCCUUUACAGCUGUGGGUAGUGAGGAUUGGGUCACGGAUGGGGAGGGAAGGCUUUGUAAAGCCUAG